UCUAGCCCCGCCCCGCGAUGGCGCCUGAGGACCACGAGGGGGCCACGUCUCUGCUGCAGAGUUUCGAGCGCCGCUUCCUGGCGGCUCGCGCGCUGCCCUCCUUUCCCUGGCAGAGCCUUGAAGAAAAACUAAAGGACCCCUCAGGUUCUGAGCUGUUGCUGGCUAUUCUGCAGAAGACUGUGAAACACCCUGUGUGUGUGCAGCAUGGACCGUCUGUGAAGUAUGCCCGCUGCUUUCUCUCAAAGCUCAUCAAAAAGCAUGAGGCUGUACCCACGGAGCCUUUGGAUGCACUAUACGAGGCGCUGGCAGAGGUUCUGAUGGCCAAAGAGUCCACGCAGUGCCACCGGAGCUAUUUGCUGCCUUCAGGAGACUCAGUCACACUCUCUGAGAGCACUGCCAUCGUGUCCCAUGGCACCACAGGCUUGGUUACAUGGGACGCUGCUCUCUACCUGGCAGAAUGGGCCAUCGAGAACCCAGCAGCCUUCACCGACAGGACUGUCCUGGAGCUAGGCAGCGGAGCAGGCCUCACAGGCCUGGCCAUUUGCAAGGCGUGCUGCCCCAGAGCGUACAUCUUCAGCGACUGUCACGCCCAAGUGCUUGAGCAGCUCCGUGGAAACGUUCGCCUCAAUGGCUUCCCCUUAGAGCUCCACACUCCCAGUGACUCAGGCAGCCCCAACGUGACAGUGGCCAAGCUGGACUGGGACGAGGUGACAGCCUCUCAGCUCUCUGCCUUCCAGGCGGACGUUGUCAUUGCAGCAGAUGUGCUAUACUGCUGGGAGGUGACACUGUCACUGGUCAGGGUCCUGAAGAUGCUUGCCAACUGCCAGAGGACGAGCGCUCCUGACGUCUAUGUGGCCUAUACUGUCCGCAGCCAGGACACAGGCAAGAUGUUCAUCACUGAGCUGGGUCAGUGCCCGACCUGUGGGCCACCAUCUGUUACCGUGCUGGGAUCGACUGGGAAGAGGUGCCCCCUCACACUGGCAAACUGUUCCCUUACGAAGAGCAUUCGGCCAUCGCAAUCCUGAAGCUGGUGCUGACCGGUCGCCAUGCUGUUUGAAGCUGAUUUGAAAAAUCCCAUGAGAUCACUGUCAUGGGAACGCUGAAAAGGCUUCUGUUGCACAGGAAUGUUAAAUGACAAGCCAUAAAUGUACAGUAAGCACAGGCUUUGAGUGCUGGGCCUGUCCUCAGGAGCUCAUAUGGAGUGGACACAGGCUCAGAGCAAGCAUUUCCACUGUACAAAUAAAUAUAUACAUUUAUUAAG